AAUUUGAAUUUGAUAAUAGUAUUUUAAAUAAUUUUUCUAAAAGAGCUAUAUUCAAAAAACUAAUGUUAACAAUAACAACUGUAAAUAUUAAUCUUUAUAAAAUUGAGCAUUAUACUGAUUAUAAUCAAGAUCCAUUAGAUAAAUAUGAUCAAACAAGUAGUAAUAAAGAAAAUAAUUUUAUUAACAAUAAUACAAUUAGUAAUGCUUAUAAACUUAGACCUUCAG